AUGUUCGAUUUGGCCCAAUAUACCAACGUCCUGCACUUCUUCCAGACCAAUAUCGACGCCAAGGCCUGGCAGGCCGUCCUGCAGGAAUACUGCUUCAGCCGCACGUCCCUCGCCGAAGCCAUGUUCUCCCAGCUGUACGAGGGCCUCCUGCACCCGAUCAUCCACCUCGGCUUCGGCAUCGAGUUCAAGCAGCCCAGCAUCAUCGCCGAGGACCUCGCUCACGCAGCCUCCCACGACCCCGGCGACAUCGACACCUUCUUCCACCACGCCGAGCAGCUCGCGCAGUCCGGCUCUGUGCCUGCAAAACCGCUCGUCGAGCUCUACGAGCAGGUCCGGGCCAACGACAAGACCCGCACCGCGGGCCGCAUGCAGGACGGGCCGUUCCGACUGCGCGACGGCCCGCUGGCCCGCGCCAAGGACAAGAUCAUGGCCAUUGCCGCACAAUUCCAGAUCGUGCCGAGGGAACAGGCAGAACUCGAGCGCCGCACGGCGGAGAUGAUCAACUGCGCUGCGUACAGCGCGGGCGCGGCGCAAAAACCCGGCAAGGUGCGCAAGGUGAACUUCUUCAUCAUGCACGACGUGACAUGUUCAAUUUUCCUCAGCGUGUUGAUCCGCCAGGCGUGGAUUUCCCUUGAGGACCGGGCCCGACUGGUGGAGUGGAAGGCGUGGCUGGACCUUGCCUGGUACGCGGCGAAUGGGGCGGCGGAGCUGCGUCUGGAGGAUAUCGCGGGGUACGAGCCGACGGCGAGUAAGGCGAUGGACUGGCGGGAGCUGUACGGGGCCGUUAACGAGGUGCAUGACGAUGGACACAUUGCCAAGUUUGUGCGGGCGUUGAAAAAUGGGGAGGAGGCGUCGAGGCCGUUUGAGGGCGAAGGGGGGGGGAUUUGUUUCCGGUCAAGGGUGAGCUGUGGUUGA